UCAGAACCCGCUUGUGGCCAACGCAGAAUUUCACCUACGCCCCAAUCCGUAGUAGGUCGGGCUAGCUUCGGCGCUUAUCCAUGGCAAGCAGCUCUACUCGACAAACAGCUUGUCUUCAAGGGCUCCGGUGUCCUUUUGGACAAAAUGCAUGUUCUCACCGCUGCCCACAAGGUCACUUCUUUCAAAAGUGAUCCUGGAUCGUUGCUUGUGCGCCUCGGUGAGUGGAAUUCAUUGGUGGAGACCGAGAUUUUCCAGUACUACCAAUUGGCAGCCACGAAAAUCGUUAUUCAUCCUAGCUAUAAUCCCAGCACUCUUGAGAACGACGUAGCUGUUGUAAAACUAAGCAAAGCUGUACCCAUUGUCGAUUAUCCAAACAUAAAUACCGCCUGCAAGCCUUCACUUCCCGUUGCAGCUGGUCAAAGGUGCUAUGUAUCCGGCUGGGGUAAAAAUCUAUUUGGAAACAAAGGAUCGUAUCAGAGCAUCAUGAAAGAAGUGGACGUGAAGAUUGUUGACAACGCUGACUGCGAAAAUCGACUGAGGCAAACUAGACUCGGAAGAGCUUAUAAUUUCAACGGAAUAAGUUUCAUGUGCGCUGGUGGUGAGGUUGGAAAAGACGCUUGUCAGGGUGACGGUGGAUCACCUCUUGUCUGUGACGAUGGAAAUGGUCAAUGGACGGUGUACGGGCUCGUAGCGUGGGGCAUUGGCUGUGCAAAUCCUGGUGUUCCCGGAGUCUACACGAAUGUCUUGAACUUUCUACCUUGGAUCAAUAAUGCCAUUGCACAAACGUAA